AUGCAGGCUGUAGACAACCAGAUCGUCUUCGGUGACAGAAACAAGGCGGCGCCGUGGUACACGCACACCCUCGAAGCCGAAAUCUCCCCCGAGGCCAGAGACCUCCUCGAGAACUACGCCCACAUCAAGCCCGAAGACGUGAACAAUCAUGUCCUCACCAUGCGCGACAAGAUCUGGGAAGUCUUCCCCUACCCCUGCGUAGGCCACUUCUCCUUCCUGGACCUCAACCUGCGCCAACGGCCAAUCUACCCCUCCCUCGUGGCCCGCCUCCAGGAGCCCGACGCCAAGCACCUGGACGUGGCCUGCUGCGUCGGCCAGGACCUGCGCAAGCUCGCCUACGACGGCGUGCCCUCGCAGAACAUCACGGCCAUCGAGCUCGAGCAGGGAUACAUCGACGCCGGGUACGAGCUCUUCCGCGACAAGGAGACGCUCAAGACCCGGUUCGUCAACGCGGACCUCAUGGACGACGGGAGCCCGACGCUGAACGCAAUGGACGGGCAGUUCGACAGCUGCCACAUGGGCCUGUGCCUCCACCUGUGGAAUAGGGAGGAGCAGAUGAAGGUCCUGAAGCGGGUGAUUCGUUUGUUGAAGCAGAAGCCCGGGGCAGUGAUUGUGGGACAUGCGGUUGGGCAUGCGGACGGCAUCGACUUGCCGGGCAUGUUCAACAAGCCGAGUCUUAGGCACAAUCUGCAGACGUGGGAGAGCAUGUGGGCUGACAUAUCAAAGGAGACGGGGACGCGGUGGAAGCUGAAGACGGAGAUUAGCGACCAGAUUGGUAGUGCGGAGAGGGCCAGCGCGAGGAAGCCAACGUGGUGGGAUAAGACCUGGCGAUUCGUUGCCUUCGAAGUCAUGCGCGACGAUUAG